CCUCCUGCUGUCAGUACCAGGGCUGGAGGCUCUAUAUGCGCAAGUGCUCCUUUGCAUAAAAUAGGAUAUAUUUUUGGCCCAAACAUACUCGGAUUCAUCAGCUGUUUGUUCAAAUUGCAUAAGGUGGACUAUGAGAUAUGGAACUGGAAUGCCGUGAAAGUUUUAUGUGGUGUAAAUCCUCUCCUUCAAAUUCAUUCGCGUUCAAAUGAGGACACUUAACGAGCAGCAUUUCUGGAUAAUGGACAUUUAAACAGGAACGACAUCAGUGAACCUGAAUGACUUUGUUUCUAACUGGAGCGGACACAGAGAACAGGUCCUGUUGGAUGCGCUUAAGUUUACUAUGUUGUCAGAGUCAGGUAUAGUUGCGUGAAGGAAGGAUUUAAUGCAAACAUUUAUGCGCGUGCGGCGCGUUUCAGCGCGUGUGUGUGUGAUGUGCAAGACGCAGUCAAGCCGCGGGGUUGAACUGGUGCGCUCCACCGAUGUCCGCCGAACAGGAACUCAUCCAUGCCCCUCACCAACCCAGUCUUGACCUUCCAGCUUUCAAACAGUGAGGCACAAGCACUUUAUUUUUGAGCCACAUUAACCUACACAGCUGGUUGCUUCACCACCUCAGUGGACUCAUGGGUACCGUACUAUCCCUUUCGCCGGGUCCUAGAAAAUCUGGUUAUUAUGACGACCGGCCCGGUUCUCUAAGCCAUUACCCAAGCCUGAGCAGCCGCUCGCUGAACACUCAAAAGGACCGUAACCUCAAACGCGGCCAUUCCAUUUUCCUCCCCGCUCUCACCUGGAAACGACUGGUGGCCUCCACCAAGAAGCGGGGUGAGUCCAAAAAAGCCUAUCCUGGAGGUCAGGGCGCCGUUGGGGCUCCUCUCAACAACAAUAACAUCUACCAAAAGGAUCCGGUCUUGCAUCUAAACCACGAAAAUGUAAAAAAGUCUCUCUCCUGCGCCAAUCUCACUAGCUAUGAGGGUCCAGCAGGUCUAGGCCUGGGCCUGGGCUUGGGCUAUGGAAAACCGCAGCAGAUUUCCUCUGUUAAGAAGAUUGCGCCUACAUGCACUUCCUCACCCAAGCGUGUGAUCGUCCAGGCCUCGACUAGUGAGCUGCUUCGCUGCCUGGGCGAGUUUCUGUGUGGCCGCUGCUAUCGGCUCAAGCACCUUUCCCCCGCAGAUCCGGUUCUGUGGCUGCGCGCUGUAGACCGCUCACUCUUGCUCCAGGGCUGGCAGGACCAAGCCUUUGUGACCCCAGCCAACGUGGUGUUCGUGUACAUGCUGUGCCGUGAUGUGGUGGAUGGCGACGUGGUGUCUUCAGAGCAUGAGCUCCAAGCAAUUCUACUAACCUGUCUGUACCUGUCCUACUCCUACAUGGGGAACGAGAUCUCAUACCCGCUCAAGCCCUUCCUAGUGGAGACGGCGAAAGAGGCAUUCUGGGACCGUUGUCUGGCCAUUAUCGACGUCACCAGUGCCAAGAUGCUGCGCAUCAACGCAGACCCACAUUUCUUCACGCAGAUCUUUGCCGAUCUGAAGAGCGAAGGAGGUUGCGGUUUGCAGGACUACGCUAGAGUACUGGAUCGGUGAAAAGACGACACGGCAGAUUUUCUCUGCGAAAGUGACACUGUCAGCAUCCCCCACCAUCAUUCUGGCCCCCCAUAUGCCUUGUCACAUAACAGUGGGACUCCCUUUUACUGAAAAUUCUGCAAGAAACAGAAAGAUGCAACAUAUUCCUGCUGAAAAGACUAGCUUAGACCUGUCCUGGCUGGUUUAUGUUAGUUGGGUGCUGGUCUAGCUGGUAAACUGCACAGACUUUUGGUGGUUACGCUAGUUAAGAAGCAUGCUGAUGACCAUCUGUGAUGGUCUUUUCAGCAGGAGAAGAAAGUAUAUGGAAACAGUAUAAAAAUAACACACUUUUAAAACCGAAGGUUCUUUGUUGGCAUUGAUGGUUCCAUGAAGAACCUUUAACAUCUAUGGGGCUUUUCCAUUUCACAAAAGGUUCUUUAAGGUGAAAAAAAGUUCUGUAGAUUAUUACAAUGUUCUUCACACAAAAAAGGUGCUUUUACGAACUGUUCACUGAAAGGUUCUUUGAGGAACCAAAAAUGCUUCUUCUAUGGCAUCACUACUGAACCCCCCCCUUUGGAACCUUUAUUUACACAAAGGCUUUUCCCAAAUUAUUUCUUUCUCAUUCAACUCCAUCUUAUUAUAAUAAUAAUUUAUGGAUAAACAUCAAAAGGAAGGGAGUAACUGUCCAUCUACAUAUUAACCUUGUUAGUUAUGCUGUUGUCAAAACCAGCUUUUUUCAGAAGUAGUUACAAUUCCUUUGCUAAACCUUUCGCUUCCUCUACCUUUUCAACAUCUAGUCUGAAAGAAACUGCAACAGAAACCAACCAACUAAGAAAAUUUUAGUGGGAGUGCACGUGUGUGUGUGUGUGUGAUGGGCAGCAAACAGUGAGCAUCAACAGCUGUUGGUUAUCCUGUUGUCCUUCCUUUUAUUUCAUGUGCUGGACGUUAUGGCACCAGCUGCAAAGGCAUUAACUAGAUUAACAGAUUAGUGUCACACACACACACACACAUUGAGGCACGGUUUUCAAUUCCUCUCCUUGCUUACUAGCUCUAUAGGUUGAAUGGCUAAUCUAUGUGGGCCGUACACACUAGUAUAUGUUCUGUCUUGCAUGUCUUGGCGUCUACAUAGCAGUAGUGUCGGUGAAAAUUUGUUUCAGGUUUAAAUGAGCCUAUAAGAGUAUGUCAUAUCCCUCUAGAUCAAGAAAGAUAUGAACAAAGAGGCCUGGAUUCUCUAAAGAAAGAUUUGGUGCUGUCAGACCACUGCUGUUUACUUGUGUCUGCAUCUUCUCUCUUUAGAGUUUUUCAGUUUCUUUGAAAUAUCUGAUUUCUGUGCUUUAAGGCCAACAUGAAAUCAAAAUUGACCCUGUUUACUUUCUUAACAUACACUCCUGGUCUUAUUUUUUGCACAAUUCAUCAGCGCACAUUAUUCAUAUGACCCAAAAAAGUUUAUAAUCGUCCAUCAAAACCACCUCUGCCACUGAAGCAACUUGCAGAAAUUAUUGAUAAAACAUGCAUACUGAUAGUCACAAAUGCACAUGCAGAUAUAACAGAUGCCAUCCUCUCUGGGUCAGGGUUUCAGGUGUCAGCGUUCAGACACAGAAGAGCAGGGACAGCAGCUUGUUGCACGGCAAGCACCCGUUAAUCUUAUUGUGUUUUAAGGCAGGGUCAUGGGUGCCAUACUCAAACUCCCCCGCAAAAGCCGACUUUAAAUGCAUACUUCAGCCCACACAUGCUCUCAUAUAUAAGCACAUGCUCACUCAAACGACCUGUAACCACUACGCAUACAUUUUCAGGCUAGCAAUCGCAAACGCACUGAUACACACGUGCAUAUGCAUGCAUCUUCUCCCACACGCUGAAGCGAUAAUCCGCUCUUGAUCCUUGCCAGCAAUUGGGCAGAGUGAGCUGAAAAUGUCACAAUAACAAAAUGCCAUUCAGAUCAGAAGAGAUUUCUCUUCCUGAAACUAACAAAAAAGACCUGUCUUGUAUUUUGACUGUGCACUGCACAGAUGUUAUAUAACAAACAGAACAGUGAACUUUAAACUAGUACUUACAGCAAAUACUUCCUUAAUUGUGAAAGAUUGACAGUUUCACUUUAAAAUGGUUUACUCCUGUGAAAAAGAAGUGUGCUUAACUGUAUUGAAUGUACACUUGUAGUGUACUUCACAUCUAAAAAGUAUAUAUAUUUUUUAAUUGUUCUUGCAGAGAAUACACUUUCAUAACAUACUUUCUUAACACACUUAAAGGAAAAUUACCCCAAGCUUUACUCACCUUCAAGCCAUCCUAGGUGUAUAUAACUUUCUUCUUUCUGAUGAACACAAUCGGAGUUAUAUUAAUAAAUAUCCUGAUGCAUCCAAGCUCUAUAAUGGCAGUGACGUUGCGUCAGUUAAGCUUUUCUCAUAAGUUGAAUAUGGAAGGCGUAGGACGUAGCGUAAGCAUUUUGAACUGCAAGAGUUUUACACUUUCUUCGUAAGUUAAAUACAGAAGAUGAUCUGACAGAAGCUAGAUAUUUUACUUUAUAACUUGUUAAAUAUGGAUAUUUUUCUUACACAACUGCAUCGCUUCACUUCAGAAGGCCUUUAUUAACCCCCCGGAGCCGUGUGGAGUACGUUUUGCUUUGGAUGGAUGCACUUUUUUGAGCUUAUACUUGUUGGUCCCGUUUACUGCCAUUAUAAAGCUUAGAUGCAUCAGGAUAUUUAUUAAUAUAACUCCGAUUGUGUUCACCAGAAAGAAGAAAGUCAUAUACACCUAGGAUGGCUUGAGGGUGAAUAAAUCUUGGGGUAAUUUUCAUUUUAAAGUGAACUAAUGCUUUAAGUACACUUUUACAUAGUUCAUUUAGCUAUAAUGCCAAAUUAAACGUUUUACUUUAAAGUAUAUUUUAAAUCAUUUUGUUUUAAUAAUCUUCUGUCAUGCUUUAAAGAAGUACACUUCUGUAAUGUAUACAAAUAUGUUUAAGUGCAUGACAAGUACAUACACUUUGAAUUAUGGUUAAAGAGCACUACCAAAUGUACUGACAAGCAUUUAAGAAAACUUGUAUGUUGUGUAUUUGUUAAAUAUUCUAUUAUAUAUAUUUGUCAUAUGUUAAACUAUAAUACAUUUUAAUUUAAUAUUCUAAAGGGUACUUCUUUUUCACCAGGGUAGAGACCCCAUAAAAUUCAGAUUAGAGUUUUGUGGCUUUUAUUCCAUGUUUGUUAGCUUUGAAGCUAACAUUCUGCAACAAUAACGUUUAGUAGAUAUGCAAAUUUAUGCAUUUUUUUUUUUUGUGUAUUUGCAUAGUGUAAUACUAUAGGAAGAUACAAAUAUUAAGAGAACACGAUUUGAAAUAUGACCACGUACGCUCUAAGCAUGAGUUGUUUUCCUCAAUUUGUAGCAGUCUUAAUUUGUGACCCCACCGGCUGCUUUGUGGUCACAGUAAUUAUUCCCUGCUAAACACAAUUGCAUAGAGGAAGAGAUACAAACCUACAGAGAGUACAGAGAGUUGAUGUAUCUACAGAUCUCCAUAUCCAUUUCAGCCUCAGGGGAUGAUGUUAUUUACAGGAACUUGUGGCAAUAGACAGAAGAUUGGCAUAUAUAGGGUGUAAAUAUCCCUCCUGGUCCUCUGUGAUUCCCCCAUCCUUCUCGCCUUUCACAAACACAUCACUUGUGUUCCUCUCUCUGGUUAAAGUGAUUUAGUUUGCCCUUAUUGUGUACAGAGAGCGAUGACAGAGCGCCGUUGUUGCAUAGCUAGCGUGCGCAGCCUUAGCAAUGGGCUUGUGCGAUGUGGAGUUGUCUGCUGUGUUUCCAACUAGGACUGUUUGCACUCACACUCUCGUGUCUGGCUCACCUCCAUGUUCCUCUGCUGGAACUCUUUCUCCAUUGAUUCUCUCUCGUGUGUCUCUGGGAUUUCUCUGGAAUAUUUGCUGCCUUCAAGUUCUCCUGGGAAUUCCUCAUUAUGAAGUCAUAAUUAUGACAAUGUACGUUCAAGUGAGUUUGGUUAGAAUAAAAUGGAUGUGUUACGUAUAUUUAUUUCCUUUUUUCACUUCCUGACAAUAUAAAGGAAGCACAAAGUGUGUAACUCAUUGGCUUUAUUGCUAAUCCUCAUCAUCAUUACAUAAAAUGCAUAUAUAUUCAAAAUUACUGCUUAUUAUGAUAAACAUAGUCAUGAUUCUUUGAUUGAUUCAACCCCAACUUGGAAAGCAAUGGGUUUCUAUUCAUAAUUACGACAUUGUAGUGGCGUUCCUGUGAGCUGGUUUGAAGGCAGCAAGUUUUCUAGUUUCCAUACUUGCUUUGAACUUGUAAUGAAUGGUGAUAAAUAUUUCGGAUGUGAAACGUUUGUGCCUUGAUCUGGAUGUAAACUGUCUACCUAAACAUUAGAGAUACUGAAUAUCGCUCACACAUAAACACAAAACAGCAACCCAAGGAAAGCCAUGACUUAAAAAGGAUUGAUUAUAGAGACAGAAACUUUAAUUUACUCAGGCUAGAAUAAUCAUAUCUCAUGAGCCAUUUUCCACUCCAUCAAUGCUACUGUUUGGCAGAAUCAUUUCUUCUGUUGCCAGUCAAUCAAAUGUACCUGAAACAGCGUGCAAACAACCUUUGAAGGACGUGCUUGCACAAACGUCCUCAUUACACCUCAAUCUGCUGUACGUGGAGAUUUCUAAUGUGACAAAGCAUACAGAGACCUCAAAUCUCUAUGGAUUUUCCAAUGAAGAAACUUACGGAUGGGAUGAGUGACGUGAUUUUCAAGUUUAAGACUACUGAAUUAAGACACUACAACAUGUGGCUCUAUAUUUGGACACUCAGGAUCUGGAUGUUAAAUAGGUUUCGCCAUUACUCUAUGAGUUAUGGCUACUUUAUCAAUGUUUUCUAUGCUGCUAAAUGUAUGUAGAAUACAAAAGGAACGCCAUGUAGAGUCUCUCACCGCAGAGACAGAAGCAGUGUGGUGUAAAUAUGUUGCCUGUAUCAAUGUGAAAUUACUGAAAAAACUGCAUGUAUAUCAUUCAGGAAUUGCUGCUGUGGUGGUGUACAUGUCAUCUUGACUCUUUUUUUUAAUUAAUUGUCCUUUUUUCAGUUUGUAUGUCAAUUUAAGGUUAAAAGGAAAGUUUUGCUUGUUUUUUAUUAUAAUGAUAAUUAUUAUUUUUACUGAAAAAGAUCCUAUCAGCUCAUUCCGGGUUUGGGAAAUCUUAUGUCAACAGUAUUAGAAUGUUAAUUCAGA